UAUGAUUUGAAAUGAUACAGCAAUUCGACACUUAAGCGCAAAAAGUCUCGCUCAACUUACACAGACAAUUUGAUGUCUGGAGCAUGGUUGGGAAAACAACAUUUUGUGCAAUAACAAUGGAAGUAUUAACCAUCGCAUGGCUCAUCAUGAUUGUAGGAAUUUUAAUGGCAGCCGUAGUCAAGAUAUUUAAAGACGAACUUCCCUAUUUUAUUCAAGAUCUUGUUGUAUAUGGUAAGACGAGACGCCAGGAUGAAAGCAGUCGCAUGUUACAAUUAUGGUUGCUCGUUCCUAAGAGAUGGUUUGUACAUUUCUACAUAAUUGGAUUGAUGAGUAGUUCAUCUCUCAUGGUUGUACUUAUUCAAGUUAUCACUAAGGAAACGACUUUCUUUGUUGUGCAACAACUUCAUAAAUAUAUCAGGACAGGCAGCAUGUCAAAUGCAGAUUGUUUCUCUGUAGUACUUACAUGUUUCUUGAUAAAUGUUCAAACGUCAAGAAGGUUAUAUGAAUGUUUGUGGGUGUCAUCAAUGUCUGGUAAAAUGCAUGUUGGACACUAUAUUCUUGGAAUAUGCUUUUACGCUCUUGUAAACCUCACCAUAUUUGCUGAAAUUCCUUUACAGAAUAUGGAAGGUUACUGUGGCUCACAUGUUCAAGUACUGGGCCAAUUAUCAAUGACUCAAACAACCGGAGUUUUGUUGUUUUUGUGGGCAAGCUACCAUCAGUACAAAUGCCAUAACAUUCUUGCAAGUUUAACAUCAUGGACAUCCAAAAAUAAAAAGAUUUAUAAAAUACCAUAUGGUGAUUGGUUUAAUUAUGUGUCCUCUCCACAUUACCUGGCUGAAAUAUUAAUAUAUAUUGCAUUGUUAAUGACAAUGAAUGGUCAUUGUACUUUGUGGUCACUUACAUUAACAUUUGUUGUUGGUAAUUUAACUAUUUCUGCUCACACCACUCAUGAAUGGUAUAAACAAAAGUUUGAAGACUACCCAUCCAAAAGAUACAUUGUUUAUCCUUAUAUCUUUUAAUAUGCCCUUUGUGAUUUCAAAUUUCAAAACUAAUUUGCCUUUUUGUCAUUAAUUUAUUAAUAAAGUAGAAAAAAGGGCUAUUCUUUAAAAUAUAGUCCUGGUCUUGUCUGACUAGAAUUUCACAAAAGGCACAACCACAAUCUAAUGUAAACAUUUGCAAAAUUUUCCACUCUAGGAUAUUUACAAUUUUGUUAUUUACAAUCAACAAUGGAAAAGUCACAUAAUAAUCUUGGGCUUUUUUCUUUCUAAUAAACAAUGCAAUUUGAGAAAA